UUCAAGCAGGGCCUCUUUACUAUAGACAUAUAACUUGUUUCCGAAAACCCUCAUUUACUUAUAAGCUCUUCAAGGAACAACACCACAAAUAUGGGACUUGCUAUAUUGCUGCUGACUGCGAGCGUCUGCCUGACCGCCUCACUUCCGGUUGAGCCCCAAUCGUGGCUGUCCCUCGUGGAGCAACUGCUCAAGAAAAUGGUGCGGAUGGAGCUCAACGUAGAGGCCAUGCAUAAAGAGAUGCAGCAGGCACGUGACCAGGUCACAUCCGGAUUGAGAGAAGUGGACAACAUGAAACAGACGGUCGGGGCGCUACAAACGUACUUUACGGACAACAUAAACAAAUCAGACACAGUUAUUGCCUUCAAUGCACACACGAUAGUGAACACGUCCUCGACUCACGGCCAAGUGAUCGUCUUCAGCAACCCGUUGUACAACAUUGGGAGCGCCUAUGACAGCGGUGCAGGAAUCUUCACGGCGCCUUUUACCGGCGUCUAUCUGUUCUCGGCGCACUUCUGUAUUGGCAGUGCAAACAGUUGGUAUUACGCGUUUGUUGUGGAUAGCAAGCAGAAAAUUAAAGGAUUACAUUAUAACGCUAAUACCGAUUGUUCCACUGCCACCACCACUGUUGUUCUGAAACACAAUGAGAGGCUAUGGAUUGAGUGCACUGUUAGUAACACCAACGACAUAUUCCUCAACGAUAACAAGACCUACUACAGGAACACCUUCUCCGGUGCUCUUCUUCAUCGAGUGGAGAAUUAUCCAUAG